GACGUAAAAAAUAAAACCGUUUUUUUCCUGCAUAACUGGGCAUUUCUGUUUUCUAAGUGAUUCAGCUAGCAGUUAUCGGAGGACCCAAAACAAUGAAAAUGACCGAGAAACAUCUACAAACUGGAGAUGCUCUGCCUCCAUAUAAUGGCAGACUGCGGCUUUUUGCCAUGAGAUUCUGUCCAUAUGCUGGCCGCUGUGUCCUGGUACUGAAUGCUAAGAACAUCCCCUAUGAUGUGGUCUACAUCAACCUUACCAAGAAGCCUGAAUGGAUCUUCAACUUUAGCCCUAAGGGAGCGGUGCCAGCCCUAGAGUACGAGGAAGGCAAGGCCCUAUUCGACAGCAACGUGAUCAACACGUACUUGGACGAGGAGUACCCGGAGUGCCCGCUGCAGGCCUCCGACCCGCUGCGCAGGGCUCAGGACCAGCUCGUCGUUGAGAACUUUAAUACUGUCAUAACAGCGUACUUCACGGCAGCCUACAACCCUCAAGGCUUGCAGCCGUCUCAUCCAGAGAUCUUCCACAAAGGCCUGGAGCUUCUUCAAAAGGAACUGGAGACACGAGGCACGGAGUUCCUCCAUGGUGCUGAAGCGGGCAUGGUGGACUACACUCUGUGGCCCUUCCUAGAGCGGUUUGAGGCUCUGCCGCUGGGAAACGCUGAGUUAGCUCUUGACAAGUCUAAUUACAAGACUCUGCUGACGUACAUGGAGUCUAUGAAGCAACUGCCAGCGGUGAUGUCCAACUACUUGCCUCCAGACAUAUACGCCAAAUUCACCGAUUCCUUCGUCACUGGAGACCCUGACUAUGACAUUCUCCUCUCUAGCGAUGAAGGGUGCUGAUUCCAUCUAAGAAAGAACACGGAAAAGUCAGGGCAAUUGCUAGUCACACGCUUUUUUGAAAAUUAUUUCGUGCAUAAUAAAAUUAAUGAAUUCACCCACUGACCUAAAA